AUGAGUGAAACACAGGCUGUUUAUUAUGUCACGAAGCACAGCUGGCGUGGCAAAUACAAGCGGCUCUUUGCGAUUACCAAGAAAGGUUUGAAAACUUUCAACCCAUCCGCCCCACAUGAAGAUACGAACGCUUGGGGAUGGGACGAGCUCAAUACAAUCAGUCUCGAUUCAAAGUCGCGCUCCCAAAGCGAGUUCCUUAUCCACAUCAAGAAAAAGGGAAAAGUGGAGACGAUGAAGUUCUCGACUGAGCAUCGAGACGAGUUGAUGACAGAGGCGAUGCAGUUUUAUGAGAAAAUGGCCGGUCUCGCAAAUGUGGCGAGAUUCAACGCUGUGAAGCACAAGUGGGACGAGAGCGUUGACCAUUGUACAGUCAUCGUUGGCCCUGCCAGUAUGUACGUCGUUCUCAAAACAGGACAGAUCAAGCACCGAUUCGACUAUCGCCUAAUACAAGGAUUCACAGAAGUCACCGAUGUCAAUGGCGGCUUCGUGGUUGUUUACGAAGAGCACAAACGGCUCUACCUUCUUGGCUCGAAUCAAAGGAAUGAAAUUAUCCAAGCUUGUCAAGAAGCAGCAGCGGCAAAUCUCUGCAUCGGCUUGAAAAGAAUAAAGCCAGGAAUCUCAUCUGUCGACUUUCAUUCGCGACGAAUGGGCGACUUCUCGACUGAUGAAGCUCUUACUUCAUACGUUGAGUUCAACGUAACAAAAACCCGGCCGGAUGGUCGUCCAAGCACGCGUCGCGCUCUCUGCCUCACGGAAAACUGCCUUAUCGAGCGAGAUCCAGCCACUUAUUCUAUUGCUUCUCUUCGCUCACUUCAGCGCAUCGCUGGAAUUGCCAGAUCGAAAGCAAAUCCCCAACAGUUUAUCAUCGAGUUCGACAAUAGAAGACAAAACUGUUAUCUUUCUCCCGAGCGUGAUUCUCUUCUAGCAACGUUGUUGGACUCUGUCCGUGGAUCUGGAAAUCGCGAUGUUUGCGUCAAAAGCUCGCCAGGAGAUCCACACAUGCGAUGGGCACCUCUCUAUGCUGGCCCUGAUGAAGAUAUUGAAACCCUUCUUCUCAAAUUCCUCGGAACAGGAGGCAACGACGUAGACGAUGCAGUCCUGAGAUUCAACGCGAAUGUUUCAGCAUCCGGAUUGGCCUUUGCCGUUAGUCAAGAGCGUCUCUUUGCGCAAAAUAAAGAAAAACUAAUCGAAAUGGCGAUUUCUGCCCUUCUCUCCGCGAAAGUAAAGGACCCAGAAGCCAAGUUUUUCGCUUUGAGAAGAUUGGUCAGCUCAAAAGCUGGUUUCUCUGCGUUCACAACACUCGCGCGUUUUAGAGAUUCCCUCGGAGCCGGUGUUGUGGAAGCGCUAAAAGCAGAUGAUGAUGCUGUCCUUUGUGCAGCUGUUGAUUCUCUUGCUGCACUUAUGUGCCCGAUGCAUGACAAUGCUGAUUUGCGACAAGAACAGUUGAACAAAAUCUCCUUGUUGUCUUCGCAAAAGUUUCUGGAACUCCUUCUCGGGAAGUUGAAAUCUCAUUGUGACAAAAACUCUGGCGCUUUGAUCAUUUCUGCUUUGCUGGAUUUAUUCACAUUCGUCAUUUGCCCUCCCUUUUCUGAAACGACAGCGGGCGAGAAUUUCGACUGGAUGCUCACUUCCAUCGCCGGCUUGGGCAGAUCGUUCUUCAAGCUCUUUCAACACCCAAGUUUGGCUAUUCAAAAGUCAGCUGGUCUCCUGAUGCAAGCGAUGAUUGAAGAGGGGUCUCCAGAAGUCGUCAAGAACUUGCAAACUCUUGCGAUCGAUGAAGGCGCGUUUUUGAUCCACACUCAUUCUGCGCUCUUUUCUGUUGGGACUCGUGCCGCUGCUAAUCGAGGUCUUUCUCGACGUUUAAUCGCUCUUUGGGCGACGAACUUUGGGCCAACGCAAAAGCUUCUUAGACAAAUUCUCCCAGCCGGCCUUCUACGCUGUCUGGAAUCAAGCGAGUCCGUCGUUUUGACUGAUGAAGCUCACUGGCGAGGUAUCCAAAACAGAUCCAAGCCGCCCGAAGAAGUACAAGCAUCACAACCGAAACCGAUCGUCCUCCGCCGCCGCCGUGAAAAUACGAAAAUCAAGGAGAACUGGAACUUGCUUUAUUAUCAGUGUUACAAAGAUCAUCAAAAGCCCGAUUUAAUUUGGAACUACAAAACACGAGAAGAACUACGAGUGACACUUGAGAACGAAAUCAGAACCUUUACAGACGCCGUGGCAGUUAUCGGUAACGAAGACGCAGCUUGGAAUUAUGCCGAGUUUGAGGUGAUGUUCAACUCGCUAGCUUCAGAGGUCAAGGUCGGCGAUUACUACCUCCGUGUUUUACUGGACAUGGAUGGCAAACAAUCCGGACUUACUAUCCAUCAGUCUCCAGCGUUCUUCUCCCAGCUUUAUCACCGGUUUUUGCUCACCACUUCUUCGAGUAUGAAAGUACAGUGCCUUCACGCAAUGGCGAUCGUAUACGAGCGCUGUUAUGAAGAAAUCGGCCUGUUCGAAGAUGCUGGUUACAUUGUCAAGCUUUUGGAGACAACGAAGAAUAAAGCGGAACGAGAUCGAUUCGUCAUGUUCAUUGAAAAACUGAUGCUCUAUCGGGAUAAUGUGAAGCUAGUGAUUAACGCUGGUGGAGUAAAACUGCUGAUAGAUUUGGUAACGCUCGCUCACUUGCAGAAAAACAGGCCAAAGACGACUGUGCUUCAGCGGAAUGCCAUCAUCGCUGGUGAAGAGCUCGAAGCAGAACUGGAGGAAAAAGAGUGGUACUACGGGUCGGCCAAGGGUUCAACUGCAGAAAAGGAUCGAACAGGGCCCAUUAGCUCGAGCGAGAUGAAACGACUUUAUGAAGAAGGCGACAUUACUGAACGAACCAAAGUUUGGGCACAAGGCAUGGACGGCUGGAGAUGCUUCGUUGAGGUCCCUCAGCUAAAAUGGACGCUCUUGGGCGAGGGCGAGCCGAUCUUGUCGGAAUCGGAGCUCAGCGCGACGAUUUUGAACAUUUUCACAAAAAUGUGCGAGCAAUAUCCGGCGCGAGGCACGAAUGGGCAACUUAUUCGUCCACCACCACGAGUCAAGCAGCUUCUUUGCAUGUCCGACGCUUUGCCACACCUUGUCCAACUCCUCUUGACAUUCGACGUCACUUUGGUUGAAAAAGUAGCCAAGCUGCUACCGCUUAUCUUGGUCGACUCGCCUCUCAUGCCCCGAUUGUACCUCACCGGCGUUUUCUACUUCAUCAUCAUGUACACUGGCAACAACGUUCUUCCAAUCGCAGUCUUCCUCAAAAUGACCCAUCUCUUGCAAAGUUUCAAAUCAGAAGAAAUCAUGUCCAACUCGUUGAAGUCCCGCUCCAUCCUCGGUCAAAUUCUUCCUGAAGCGAUGAUCCACUAUCUUGAAAACCAUUCGGUCGAGAAGUUCUCUGAAAUUUUCCUUGGCGAGUUCGACACACCUGAAGCUAUUUGGAACUCUGAAAUGAGACGCCAAGCGAUCGAAAAGAUAGCGGCGCAUGUGGCAGAUUUUUCGCCCCGACUGCGCGCCAAUACCCGUGCCAUUUACCAAUACAUUCCACUUCCUCAAAUUAUCUACCCAAGCUUAGAGAAAGAACUCUUCUGUGGCUAUUACUACCUGCGCCAUCUUACGAACACACAAAAAUUUCCAAAGUGGCCGAUUCGCGACCCUGUGCGUUUAUUGAAAGACACCCUUAAUAACUGGCGAGCCGAGUUGAACAAGGAACCUGGUGGACUGUCAGAAGAUGAUGCUCUGCGAACUUUAGGACUUGACCCUGCUGCUGGGCCGUUUUCGGAACCAAAAGUGCGAAAGGCCUAUUUCAAAAUGGCACAAAAGUACCAUCCGGAUAAAAAUCCAGAGGGCAAGGAAAUGUUCCAAGCAGUGAACCAAGCGUACGAGCAACUUGCUGCCAAAUCAGAUGAAGUCGACGGGCCUAACCCUGUCAACAUCCGCUUACUCAUCAAGGCCCAAGCCAUUCUGUUCGAAAACUAUCGCUCUGAGCUCGAGCCGUACAAGUACGCCGGCUAUCCGAUGCUGGUUGAAACUGUCAAGUCUGAAACUGACGACGAACAGCUUUAUUCAAAGGUAGAUGCGGAACUUCUAUCGCCUUCGGUCGAGCUAGCGUAUUACACCGUUUGCUGCUCGGCAUUGAAUGCUGAAGAGUUGAAUCGGGAAAAGGGCUUGUUUGAGUUGCGAAGAUCGCUCAAUCGUUGCAUGGGAACCCUUUCAAAAUCUUCCGAAGCCACUGACUUGGACGCAAAGGUCUGUCUCUUUGUCUGCAGGACACUGACGAUGUCUGCGCAAUUCCCAUCUUGCGUUGCAAGCCUGACGGAAGAACCAGAGAGCUUAUUGGAAGAUAUCAUCAGGCUUCUCUGCUCACACCUUGUACAACUUCAACUUGCGGCUGUAGAAGCUGUAGCUGCGUUUGGAAUGAUUCCAGAGCUUCGUAAAUCGAUGAUCAAUCAAGGCGUGCUACCGAUUUUGAUGGAGUAUCUGUUCGAAUACGACUACACGUUAGAAGAAGCCGGGAUCGAAAAAGACAUGGAGAGCAACAAACAAGAGCAGAAAAACAAACUUGCAAAGCAAGCUCUCCAUGCGAUCAUCGUCCUCGCCGGUCUUUUGCCAACUCUAAAAACAGACGCGGAUAUCCGCCGCUGCCUGGAUUGCUGCAUGACUUCCUACCUCGUCAGUCUAAUGGAGCAAGGAGAUCUCGCGCUGAUGUUGAAGCUGUUCACAACGAACUCAGAAACACCGCUUCUUAUUUGGGAAGGAAUGGCGAGAAACGAACUCGCGGACUUUUUGGAGAAAGAGCGGGAAACAGCACUGAGAGAUGCAAGCGAAGUUGAUUUAUCGAGGAUGGCGAAUUUCAAGAUCUCAGCACAUUCAGAAGAGCUCAUUGUUCAUGGCGUUUUCGUCCGCGUUUUCAACGAACAGCCGCAAUUCCAACUUCCUGAUCCCGAGGGCUAUCUGAAAUCGCUUCUUGACUAUCUUGGUAAUCAAGCUCAAUAUUUCGCCUCGAUCGGAGUCGACGGAACUGUUGAUCCAACUCGACUUAAUCAAACCUCAAUGGCCCUGAGCUCAGUCUUCCAUGUUCUCUCCGCGAAUCAGCCCUAUUCCUUGCAAUGCGUAAACAGCCUCCGUCUCCUCAGCAGCUUCUUCGUUAACGAUCACACGACAAGCGAGAUCCAGCUGAACACCCUUCGAAUUUUCGGAAUCGUCGCUUCGGUCCAAGAAGUCGUCCUUGCUAUCGCGCAACAACGUCUUCUCAGCUCAAUUUUGCUCGUUGUCGAAAGGUUGACUGCUCAAGAGCACCAAUUCUUCCUUCAAGUCCUGAGCGCGCUGAGCUCACAUCCAGAAAUAGUGAAACAAUUUAUUCCAACUGGAGGUGUUUUGUACACGACAAACUUGUUUGCGAAUAGCACCGAGCCAGCUGUGAGGAAAGAAGCUGCUGCUUUGCUCGCUAAGGCAAUAUCUGAUCGACUAUCCGGCCCGCGCGUUCGAAUUUCUCUUUCAAAGCUUCUUCCACCAAUUUUUGCCGAUGCCAUGGCCGACAAUGCCGAAGCCUCGGUAGCGCUUUACGAAGGAAUUCACGAAAACCCCGAAUUGAUCUGGAGCGAAGAGACCCGUCAGCAGACUUCUCUUUAUUUGGAACGCAGUGCCAGAGAUCUUUCGCAGCAACAAGCAAAGAACCCCGAGAUCGACUGGAAACCCCCAACUGAAUCGUUCCUUCCAAACAAGGAGUUUAUCCUUGGUGGUGUUUAUAUCCGACUCCUGCUUCAAAACCCUGGUUGGCAGUUGAGAAGGCCGAAAGAAUUCAUCACGCAGCUGUUCGACAGAAUCACGGAUCUGACAGAACCAACGAACGGAAAUGUCGAUCAAAACGAGCUCGAUCAACUUUCCGAAGCUGGCUGCGGUCUUUUCACUACUCAAAUUAAUCUUUCAAAACUCGUUCCUGGCAUGGGAAUUCUACCGACUUUGAUAAAGCGACUCGGAGAAACGCAAUAUUUAAGACCUAUUCUUCUUUUACUCAACGCUUUGUGCAUGGAAUCAAGUUGCGUUGGACAAAUCGGCGAGAUUCAAGGCUCGCUCAGAGCUCUCAAGCGAUGUCUUAUUGACGAUCAAAUGGCGAUGAUAGCGUUCGAAACGAUAUUCCGAGCUACGAACCACAGUAAUUCAAACCUUACAGCCCAGGCGAUCUCAAACGAUGGCGAGUUCGUCAAAGCUCUCCUCGAGGAAUUGUCUCUGAAUCGCGUGAAUAAGUCGUCAAAAGCGCAGAUUGUCAAGAUUUUGAAGGCCUUCAUGGAAUGUCCUGAAUAUGGGCCGCAGGUCGCUGAAAUCCUCGACGAGUCUGAAAUCUGGAAAUCCUAUUCUUCCCAGAGACACGACUUAUUUAUUGAAGACAGGCCAGUUCUGGCGAUUCAAUCCGGUACCGCCCAUGCUGGUUAUCUGACACAGGGUUCUGCAGGAGUAGCCAAUGCCCCGCCGCCAUCAUGA